AUGCAUUCAGUUCAGCAGGAAAGGACAGCAUCCAGUCAGCAGGAAAGACAUGCAUUUCAGUUCACAGGAAAGAAAGACAGGCAUCAGUUCAGCAGGAAAGACAAGCAUUCAGUUCAGCAGGAAAGAAAGACAUGCAUUAAGUUCAGCAGGAAAGAACAUGCAUCCGUCAGCAGGAUAAGACCUGCACCCAGUUCAGCCGAAAGACAUGCCAUUCCAGUUCAGCAGGAAAAGACAGGCUCCAGUUCAGCAGCAAAAAGCCAGAGGCAUCCAGUUUCAGCAGGAAAAAGACAUGAUCCAUUCCGCAGGGAAAGACAGGCAUCCAGUUCCAGCAGGAAAGACAUGCAUCCAGUUCAGCAGGAACGACAUGCACCAGUCAAGCAGGAAAGACAUGCAUUCAGUUCAGCAGAAAAAGACAAAGGCAUCCAGUUCAGCAGGAAAGGACAUGCAUCCCGGUUCAGCAGAAGGAAAGACAGGCAUCCAGGUCAGAGGAAAACAUGCAUCCAGUUGCAAGGAAAGACAGGCAUUCCCGUUCAGCAAGGAAAGACAUGCAUCCAGCUUCAGCGGAAAGGAUAUGAAUCCAGUUCAGCAGGAAAGAAAUGCAUCCAAUUUCAGCAGGAAAAAGACGACAUCCAGUGCAGCAGGAAAGACAUGCAUCCAGUUCCAGCAGGAAAAAGACAGGAUCCAGUUCAGCAGAGAAGACAGGCACGAAGUCAGCAGGGAACGACAGGCAUCAGUCAGCAGGAAAGACAUGCAUCCAAUCAGCAGAAAGACAUGCAUCCAGUAGCAGGCAAGGACAUGCAUAUGCAUUCAGUUCAGCAGGAAAGACAGCAUCCAGUCAGCAGGAAAGGACUGCAUCCACUUCAGAAGGAAAGACAGCGCAUUCGUUCAGCAGGAAAAGCCCAGGAAAGACAUGCAUCCAGUUCAGCAGGAAAGACAUGCAUCCAGUUCAGCAGCAGUGAAAUGGACCGAAAUAUUCUGAGCAAAAGUCGGAUAUGUCAGACCGAUGGCUACAAUAACCUUAAACAAUACUGUCUCACUCAGGACCUGCACCUUCAUCAGAAACUAUAA